AGGCGGCCUUGGUUCUUAUUAUGAGACUGCAAAAGCUCCUGUGUUGUUGCGAAGGGCUGAAGCGGCCCUUGUAGCUUGUGCGGUUUUAGCUUUCUGCCAUGAAAAGCGUACAUGUUAGUGUGGCAUAGUGGUUAGAGCAUUGAACUAGGAAUGGGGAGACCCGGGUUCUAGUCCUCAGCCAUGGCCCUGUGUACCCAGUUGGCCACCUGAGUUACUUACCUCUUGAUGCAUGUCAUAUAGGGCAAGAGAAUACCUUUGUGAGUCAAAUCUCCUUAUUAACCUUUUUGUAGCUUACAGUGUCUGCCAAGAUACGUAGGUGUACAUGCCCUGCGAAAACAAACACACAAAUGAAAAUUAUAAUUCAUGAAAAUAGCUAAAACUGUCAUGAAAAUGCCCGUUGGCUUGGUGGUGGCAUAUAAAUCACGAAAACAAAAGUUGUUUGGUGAUACAUGCCCAUUGACAUCUCUGUCCUGCUUUGAAACUCCUCAACGAAUUCCAUAUAAUGAAGCUAUCAGACAAGAAUUCAGGCCUGUAAAAGUUGGGGACUCUUUUGGAAGCACGUGGCAUACCUGCUGGUUUAAAGUAGAACUCAAAAUCCCGAGAGAAUGGGCAGGAAAGGAAGUACACCUUCUUUGGGAAAGUGAAGGAGAAGGAAUGGUUUGGAGGGAUGCUCAACCUGUUCAGGGUUUGACUCAAGAAGGUGAGAAGACCAGCUAUAUUCUGACAGAAAAUCUAAAAGAAACAGACCCACACAGCUUGUCUCUGUAUGUGGAGGUCGCCUGUAAUGGUCUCUUUGGAGCUGGGAAGGGCAGCAUGAUUGCACCGCCUGAUCCAGACAAGAGGUUCUCCCUGCGCAAGGCAGAGCUGGUGGUCUUCAACAGGGAAGUCCAUGAGCUGCUGGUGGACUUUGAGAUCCUUCGCGACAUGGCCACGCAUCUGGGAGAGGAAAACCAGCGGAGCUUCCAGGCACUCUACAUAGCCAACCAGAUGGUGAACUUGUGCGAUGUCACCAACCCGUCGACUUUUCCUGAAGCGCAUCAGCUUGCCUGUUCUUUCUUCAGUCAGAAGAACGGAGAGAGCCAGCAUCUCAUUCAUGCGAUGGGGCACUGCCACAUUGACUCAGCCUGGCUGUGGCCCUACGAGGAGACGAUCCGUAAAUGCGCGCGCAGCUGGGUAACUGUCAUACGCCUGAUGGAGAAGAAUCCAGAGUUCACCUUUGUCUGCUCACAGGCUCAGCAGUUUGAAUGGGUGAAGAACUGGUAUCCGGGCCUGUAUACUAUGAUUCAGAACUUUGCAAAAGAAGGGCGUUUCAUUCCUGUUGGAGGCACCUGGGUAGAAAUGGAUGGGAACCUUCCAAGUGGGGAAUCCAUGGUUCGGCAGUUCCUGCAGGGACAGCGAUUCUUCCAGCAGGAGUUUGGGAAGCUCUGUCUAGAGUUCUGGCUGCCAGACACGUUCGGCUACUCGGCACAGCUUCCCCAAGUGAUGCACGGAUGCGGGAUCCGCCGUUUCCUAACUCAGAAGUUGAGCUGGAACCUCGUGAAUUCUUUCCCGCACAACACCUUUUUCUGGGAAGGCAUUGAUGGGUCUCAGGUUUUGGCCCACUUCCCCCCUGCAGAUUCCUACGGCCUGGCUGGUUGUGUGGAAGAGAUGCUAAAAACCGUGAAGAAUAAUAAGGACAAGGGCCGUGUGAACCACAGUGCUGCUCUCUUUGGCUUUGGAGACGGAGGAGGUGGACCGACGCAGAAGAUGCUGGACAGGCUGAGGAGGAUGAAGGACACCGAUGGCUUGCCCAGGGUUCAGAUGUCUACCCCUGACCAGCUUUUCUCUGCUCUGGAGACGGAAAAGGCUCAGCUCUGCACCUGGGUUGGAGAACUGUUUCUGGAGCUGCACAAUGGCACAUACACCACCCACGCACAGAUUAAAAAGGGGAAUCGAGAGUGCGAGCGCCUUCUCCGUGACAUCGAGGUUCUGAGUAGCUUUGCCUUGUCGAAGGAAAGUUCUUUCCAGUACCCUUCUGCUAAACUGCAGCACCUCUGGAGGCUGCUGCUCCUGAACCAAUUCCACGAUGUCUUGCCAGGGAGCUGUAUCCAACUGGUAGCCGAGGAUGCCAUGAGAAACUAUUCAGAAAUCCGCAGCGCUGGAGCUCAGCUCCUGAAAGACGCCGUGCAGACCUUGUUUGGAGGCCUGUUGGUGAGCGGUCAAGAGAGCGACGGGCGCCUCCUGGUUGUCAACACAUUGCCAUGGGAACGAACCGAAGUCAUCUCCCGCAUGGGCCCAGGAGGGUCCGAGGCAUUAGCCUUGGUGACCGUUCCCAGCAUGGGCUGCUGCGCCGUUCAGGACUCCUUGCCUCCGCCACAUGCCGUGACUGUAUCCAGGGAGGCGGAUGGUUCCGUGACCAUGAGGAAUGGUGUUGUCCGAGUCCGUCUGGAUCCCUUGGGGCGCGUGACAUCACUCCGCUUGACCCAUUCGGAGAGAGAGGUGGUCCCCGAAGGUUUCUGUGCUAACCAGUUUGUGGUAUUUGAUGAUGUUCCACUGUACUGGGAUGCAUGGGAUGUGAUGGACUAUCACCUGGAGACCAGAAAGCCCAUCGCAGAGCCGAUCAAACCCCCGGAGAUCGUCCUGCCAGGGGGGUUACGGGGCAGUGUGAGGUUUUCCCUGCGCAUCGGCAAGAGGAGCGUGCUCACCCAAGAGAUUGUCCUGGACGCAGCACCGAGCUCUUGCGUUCGCUUCCAGACGCAGGUUGACUGGAAUGAAGCCCACAAGUUCCUCAAAGUGGAAUUUCCCCUAAAGGUCCGGAGCCCAAACGCCAUGUACGAGAUCCAGUUUGGCCACUUGCAGAGGCCAACGCAUUCCAACACCUCCUGGGACUGGGCAAAGUUCGAGGUGUGGAGCCACAAGUGGAUGGACCUGUCCGAGCACGGAUUUGGGGUUGCACUGCUGAACGACUGCAAAUACGGCUGCUCGGUCCGUGGCAACACGAUGCGCCUUUCCCUGUUGCGAGCGCCAAAGUCACCUGAUGCCACUGCAGACAUGGGGCGCCACCAGUUCACUUACGUGCUGAUGCCUCACCUGGGGUCCUUCCAGGAGGCCGGGGUCAUCCGUCACGCGUACAACCUGAACUUCCCCCUUCACACAGUGCUGGGCAGCUCGGCCCCGGGCCCAGCCUGGAGCGCAUUCUCUGUGGAGGCCCCAGCGGUGGUUCUGGAGACGGUGAAACAGGCUGAGGAGAGGCCAGGUGCACUGAUAGUCCGCCUCUACGAGUCACACGGCAGUACUGUGGUCACCUGGCUCCAAACACACCUCCCAGUCCAAGAGGCCGUGAUGUGUGACCUCCUGGAGCGACCUGACCCAAACAGUCACCUGCCGCUGGAGGAACGUGGCUUGAAGCUUUCCUUUACGCCAUUCCAGGUGCGAUCUGUCAUGCUGAUCUUGAAACAGCCUGGCAGAACAGAAGAGCCAGAGAGCAAAUGAGUACAGAUUCAGCAUCUCCAUGGAACCUGUUCUGUGCCUGCCAUGACACAAGAGCCCGACUUUUUAGCACAGGUACAGGGUGGACAUUAAGUCCAGGCUGAGAUAAUUAGAAGGCUGGGACCACAGGCAGAGCCUGGUGCUGCGGCUGGAACGAAAUACGUACCACAUACUGGGAUAACCUUGAUCAGCUUUCCUCAACCUGGUGCCCGCUGGGUAUGUUGGGCAACAGCUCCCAUCAUCCCAAGCCGCCAUGACCACAUUGGUUUGGAAUGAUGGGAGCCGCAGGGCAGCGUGUCUGGCAAGGCCCAUGUUGAAGGAGGGCGACUUAAAUAAUCAAGUGCAAAUAAUACCAAAGUUAUUAGACAUCAAGAAUGAUAGCAGCUUAAUUUAGGUGGGGAAGAAAAAUCCUGUGUCCCUUUUCUAAAAUAAUUGGGAGUCAGGUUUGGUUGCUAAUCUACUGCAAUCCAUCCAAGGGUUUGUAGAUUCUGCUUUUGAAGAAGGAUCUGAUGUGAAAAAUAAAAAGGAAUGGAAGCAAUACUAAAUGAAGAGGA